AUGGGUCGCAAUAAGAUUGUAAUGAAGAAAAUUGAGGAUCCAGGUGCCCGUCAACAGUUUUACUCAAAGCGCAAGGGUAGCAUUGUUAAGAAGUCAAAUGAGUUGGGGGUUUUAUGUGAUACAGAUAUUGCACUGCUAAUGUUUUCUCCAACUGGUGAAGUGACCACCUAUUCUAGAGGAGAAAGUUUUGAGGAUAUCAUGAUCAAUGCAAUGAAGCAGCCUGAUGAACUGAAUCGACGAUCCACUCCAAAUCCAGAUGAAGAGCAUUUGAUGCAGAGUCUCGCGCAAUCAAAAUCUGAAAGAAAAAUGAUUGAAAAGAUUGCUAUUGUCGAGGCUCAUAUGGAGAAGCUUAAUGAGCUCAAACAAACACUAAGUGAAGCACAGGAGAAAAUAAGUUCUUACGAGCCACAAGUGGAGAAUAUCAACACAGUUGAAGAAGCUGAUGCAUAUAAUCAGUAUCUUCUGGGUGCUAUGGAACGGAUUCAACGAUCCAAAGCAAAACUCUUGGCUAACCAGGAAUUUCUCCAGAGAAAUGAAAAUGUCGCGAUGGCUUGGGUCAACGCAGAGGAUAUGUCUGCUGCAGGUAACGAUUAA